CACAACCGCCAGCCGCGUCAGCUCCAUGGGCAAAUUGAGUUAGUUGGAGGAAGAUAUUGCAGUCGCUGUAAAGCUACUGUUUAAUUUGCAACAAUGUCUUCACUUGAGUGUCUGAGAGAGUUUGUCAAUGAUCGACUAACCGCUGCUUUGGAGGAAAUAUUCGGAGUUUUUGAGAAAACCAUCGUCGAGUACGAGGAAGAGAUCAACCGUCAGCGCAGACUGUUGGAUAUGGUGUGGAACCCUGAAGUCAAGUUACACAGGAUAGAGCUCCCACAGCAACAUGUGUGUAAGCAGGAGGAGGUUCUCACUGACCAGGAGAGGACCUCCAGUCUGGACCAGGAGAACCCAGAGCCUCCACAGAUUAAAGAGGAAGAGGAGGAACUCUGCACCAGUCAGGAGGGAGAGCAGCUUGAACUGAAGGAGGAGGCUGAUACCUUUAUGUUGACUCCUACUCAUGAGGAAAGUGACCACGGUGAAGAUCAGACUCUGGACUGCAGCACUGUUGAAACUCAGAGUGUGGUGAUGGAAAAGCCUCAAAGCUACAUUUCAGUUUUAAGCUCUGUGGUACCAGAACCAACUUUUGACCACCAGCUCCUCUGUCACGACUCUCAUGUAGCUGAGAGCCAAGAUCAGACACGAGGCAAACACGAAGACUCGGGAUCAACUAGAGAUGCAGAGCCAGAACCACAGAAUCAUCAUCACACAAGCAUCAGUCACUGCAUCAAUGUAUAUACCCCUACUAUGACAACAACUCACUGUACUUCUCAAACUGUUAAAAACUCUUUCAAAUGUGACACGUGUGAGAAAGCCUUUAGGUAUAAGUCACUUUUGCAGAGACACCUGAUAAUACACACAGGUGAGAAACCACAUUCUUGUGACACGUGUGGGAAAAGAUUUAGCCGGACAUCUAUACUGAACGCUCAUAUGAGAACUCACACAGGUCAGAAGCCAUAUUCUUGCAACACCUGCGGCAAGAGAUUCAGCCAGACAUCAACAUUAAGCGCUCAUAUAAGAAUACACACAGGUGAGAAACCAUAUUCUUGCAACACCUGUGGGAAAAGAUUCAGUCGGACAUCACUAUUGAACUCUCACUCAACAGUCCAUACAGGGAAGAAACCGCACACUUGCAACACUUGUGGGAAAAGGUUCAGUCGGCCAUCGCUGUUGAACGCUCAUGCGACGGUCCACACAGGUGAGAAACCAUAUUCCUGCAACACCUGUGGGAAAAGAUUCAGUCGGACAAAGCAACUGAACGCUCAUUUAAGAGUCCACACGGGUGAGAAGCCAUAUAGCUGCAAAACAUGUGGGAAAAGAUUCAGUUGGACAUCACAGCUGAAGAAUCAUAGAAAAGUCCACGUAGGUGAGAACCCAUGUGACAACAUCCUGAGCACGCUUCAUGGCUCAGCCCCCGGCUACACUGCUGAGAUGCUUCUCCCCUGUGAGCCAGGUCGCAGCCUCAGAUCCUCAGGCAGGGCUCUGCUGGCUGUUCUUCAGUCCUGGCUCAAAACUAAAGUUGAGUAUUUGAGAGAGUUUGUCAACGAGAGACUAACUGCUGCUGCUGAAGAAAUAUUCGGAGUUUUUAAAACAACUAUCGUCGAGUACGAGGAGGAGAUCAAUCGUCAGCGCAGACUGCUGGAAAACGUCUGGAAACCUAAAACGAAGUUAAACAAUACAGUCCCUCCAGAGCCCACACAGCAACGUGCCUGUAUGGUGGAGGAGGCUCUCGCUGACCAGCAGCUCUGUAUUCAGGAGAGGAGCACCAGAGCUGCAGCCUUUGAAGGACGCAUCAGCCAAAUCAAAGGGUCUCUGGAGGAUUUCCUGGUUGCAUCAUUCACCAGUUGUUCUCGCCCCAAUCUGUUGGCGCUCCUGUUACCUAGCACCCAGCUAGUACCAACCACUCUGCAUCUCCUGAGCAUGAUCCUGCGUCUCCGUGCUUGCCUCCUGUCUGAUCCUGGCUCCCAGCUACAUAGUGAUAAUUCAACAAUGUCUUCAGUAGAGUAUUUGAGAGAGUUUGUCAAAGACAGACUAACUGUUGCUGCUGAAGAAAUAUUCAGAGUUUUUGAAGAAAGUAUCGUGAAGUAUGAGGAAGAGAUCAGUCGCCAGCGCAGACUGUUGGACAUCGUUGCGAAACCUGAAGUAAAGUUACUCGGGGCAGAGCUCCCACAGCAACAUGUCUGUAAGCAGGAGGAGGUGCUCGCUGACCAGCAGCUCUGUAUUCAGGAGAGGACCUCCAGUCUGGACCAAGAGGACCCAGAGCCUCCACAGAUUAAAGAGGAAGAGGAGGAACUCUGCAUCAGUCAGGAGGGAGAGCAGCUUGAGCUGAAGGAGGAGGCUGAUACCUUUAUAUUGACUCCUACUCAUGAGGAAAGUGACCUCGGUGAAGAUCAGACUCUGGACUCAAAUCCUGAUGAAACUCUAAGUGCAGAAGAGAAGGAGUGUGUAGCCAACAUGCCAGUUAUAAACUCUGUGGUAUCAGAAGCACACAGUGACCACCAGGUCCUCUCUCACAACUCUCAUGUAGCUGAGAGCAAAGAGCAGAAAGAAGGCAAGCAUGGAGACUCGGGAUUAGCUAAAGACGCAGAGACAAAACUAAAGAGAAGAUGUCACAAAAUCAGAAGUCACAGUAACGAUGUUAGCAACUCUAACUUGUCAGAGAUUGACCGUAAUACUCACACACCUAAACGGUCUUCUGAAUGUGACAAAUGUGGAAAAGAUUUCAAGUAUAAGUCACAACUGCAGAAACACAUGAGAACACACACAGGUGAAAAACCAUAUUCUUGCAAAACAUGUGGCAAAGACUUCACAUGUAGCAGUGUCCUGAGUGUCCACAUGAGGACCCACACAGGGGAGCGGCCGUACCUUUGCACGACCUGUGGGAAAAGAUUCCGUGGCAAAUCGGUAUUGAAUAAUCACAUGAGAACCCACACGGGUGAAAAACCAUACACUUGCAACACAUGCGGCAAAAUAUUCCGUCAGACAUCCUCACUGAACAUUCAUCUAAGAACCCACACAGGCGAGAAGCCGUACUCCUGCAAAACAUGUGGGAAAGCUUUCAAAUGUAGCAGCAACUUAAAUGUCCACAUGAGAACCCACACAGGUGUGAAGCCGUACGUCUGCAAGACAUGCGACAGAGGAUUCUGUGACAUUUCAGGAUUGAUAAGGCAUAUGACAAUCCACACAGGCGAGAAACCACAUACUUGCAAAACAUGUGGGAGAGGUUUCACAGCUAGUCGUGACCUGACGAUCCACAUUAGGAGAGACCACACGGGUGAGAAGCUGUACGUAUGUGAGACCUGUGGGGAAGGUUGCUUUGAUGCAUCUAAUUUGGCAGAUCACAUGAGGACGCACACAGGGAAGUAGCCUCGUGUUUGUAAAAUAUGUGGGAGAUGAUUCAGCCAUGGAUGGGUUACUGAAAGGGCCUCCCAGACACAGGCACAUGUAAAGCACACCAAGAAUUAUGUUACUGGCAGUUGACUUGAUUACAGAACACAAGUGUCGCACACACUGGCUCCAUAUGCAUUUCUUUUAUUUUGAUGAUGAUGUUUUGACCUUUGGGUCUUCUUCAAGAUCAACAAUCGUACUGAGACACAGGUUCACUUACUGUUAAGUAGACCACACCUUUGGCACACAGCUGAUAAUGAUAAGAUGAUCAUGCUGCACUACGAGGUUGAGCAAGUCACACUGUGUGACACUUUUUACUUGAUUCAAAUUUUGAAUGCAUCAUGAAUGAUAAUGAUUCAAUAUCUCUUCCAUGCUGCUUAUUUCUGUCCUUGGCGAUAAUAUCAAACCUGUUGCAAGAAAUCUAGGAAUCUGGUUUGACAGUAAUUUAAGUUUUGAGGAGCACGUCACAAAGCUUGUGCAAACAUGUUUUUAUCAUGUUAGAAAUAUUUUUAAAAAUCUGAUCCAUUUCAGCUUUUAAAGGCACAGAGACAAUUUUACGUGCCUUCAUCUCUUCACGCCUGGAUGACUUCAACAGCCUCUUUUCUUGACUGAAUCAAAAACCUAUUUAUCAACUCCAGGCUGUACACAAUUCAGCUGCCAGACUUUUAACCAGAACCAAGAGACAUGAUCACAUCACCGCAGUUUCAGCCUCUUAACAUCGGCUCCCAGUGUGUCCCAGAAUAGAUUUUAAGAGUUUACUGAUUACUUUUAAGGCUCUUCAUGGUCUCUCUCCCAGCUAUAUCUCCGACCUCUUGGUGCAGAACACGCCAGGAUGUACUUUGAGGUCCUCGGGCAGAGGUCUUUUGUCUGUUCCAUAGUCCCAGCUGAAAACUAAAAAGGACAAUCUGCCAGAGGAAAUCAGGUCGGCCGAGUCAGUGAUCCCUUUUUAUGUCUUUUCUUAAAACAUACUUUUAUCAGAGAGCCUUUCCUGAUUUUACUUGAGUUUUAAGUUCAUUUAGACUGUCUUUUAUUUCCUGUUUUUAUACACUGAAGUGCCUUUAUCAGUUCUUUUAAAAGUUGUUGUUUUUGUCUUGUCUGUUUUAAUUAUUGACAUGUAAAGCAAUUUGUAACUCCGUUUUGAAAAGCGUUUAUAAAUAAAGAAUAUU